AGAUAUAUACAUAUGCAUCUAUAUAGAUGAAUGAUACCACACCCGUAAAAUAUAUUUCUCACUGUUUUGAUAUUUGCUGGAGUUUAUAAAGAUUCAUCAUACUUUUUGAAAGCAAAAAAUGAUGAAAAAUCAAAAAUAUUACUAUUAUUCCUUCAUAAUCGAAAGCAAUGCAAUUGAUUAUAGGAGUUAACCUUUUUGGUUUCAUUUGAAUCAUAGUGACAUCAUUCGUUUAUUGAUUCAGAUGUAAACUAUUCGAAAAGAAUAUUGUGUCAUUGCAUCUUAGAAGUAGUGAUAUUAAUAACAAUCAAAUCGCAGAUGCAGCGUUAAAAUUACAGUACAAUACACAAUGCUAAUAUUGUUAGUUUUUUCCUUCUUUCACAAUGUACUUAGUCAAAAAUAUGAGGGUUGUUUUCAAAGUUCAGUAUUAGAUCCUGAUUUACCAACCCGGAUAUUAACUCAUGCUACUGUGCCAGCAGAUUGUAUCAAAGAGUGCCGUUCACAUUAUUAUAUGUUUGCUGGGUUAAUGAAUGGUCAACAAUGUUUUUGUGGUAGCAAGUAUGGUAGAAAAGGAUUAUCUACUUCAUGUAUUGUUCCUUGUUCAUCUGAUCCAAGUAAUUAUUGUGGUAGCCAAGAUGCUAUGAGUAUUUAUUCCAGUGGAUAUAAAGGUCCUAGUCCACCAAGAAGUGCCCAAAUAACUCACAAUGGAUAUAAUAACUUACAUAUUACCUGGGAACCACCUGACAUACCUAAUGGAAAUAUUACAUCUUAUACUUUAAAGGCAAUAGUCAUUCAAACAUUUUCAUCAAAUCCAAUACCACCUAUAGAAAGUCAAAUACAAGGAGGUGCUUCAAACAAUACUCUUUUGCAAAAUCUGCAACCAGGCACAAAAUAUAAUAUAUCAAUCAUUGCUACAAAUACUCAAGCAGAUAGUGAGCCUGUAUAUAUUUCAGGAUGGACAUUAAUAGGUCCACCUAAUCAACCAACAAUCCCAAAAGUAAUAGAACGAACAAGUACUACUGUAACUGUUUUACUAACAGAAGGAAGUAGCGAAUAUGGACCUAUUAGUGCAUAUCAGGUAUUUGUUGUUCAACCUGGUAUAAUACCUCCAUCAGGUCCUAAUGUCACUUAUAACAAUUAUGAAAAAUCAAUGCAGCAAGGUUUAGGAUACUAUAUUACCGGAGAAUUUGAAGCCUCUGAAUUUUAUAAAUAUAAAAAAUUUAUCGUUGGGGAUGGUAAAAUGAUUGGAGGAUAUUAUAAUGUGCCUCUAAAUUCUGAAACAAUUCCUCAAAUAGGUUUAGCGGUAAUCUCCAAAUUUCAAAGAGAAGUACAAUUUGCGUAUUCAAGUUUAAUCAAUAAUUUGACAAGUAAUGGAAACAGAAAUAGUAAAAUGGAUUCCACAACAAUUACGCUUUGCGUUGCAAUCGGUCUUUUAGGAGCAUUACUUAUCGUCUUAAUCGUAUCAUAUUUUGUUUUGCGACAACGUCAUGAAAAAUUUCGUAUGAGAAAACUUCCUGAACAGCAAGAGCUUACAUUGCAAGGACCACUGUAUGAAGUAGAUAAUUUAGCGUAUAUUCCAGAAGAUGUACCUGAAAGGGUAAAUCAUUAUCAAGAAUUAAAAAAAAAAGUUUGGACUAUACCGCAAAAUGCGAUGAAAAUUAAUGACACUAUAAUACGUAGAGGACGAUUUGGUACUGUUCAUACAGGUAUAGUUGAAAAAGAUGGAAAAACUUAUACCGUUGCAAUUCAUAAUAUAGCUGAUAAAUUAUUAAAAGCAGCUGAUAAAAGAAAUAUGUUACGAGAAUUGGAUGUUUGUAUCAAAGCAUCUCCUAUGAAAUAUCUUGCAGACCUUGUGGGAACUUGUGAAACACAAGAUACAUUGUAUGUUGUACUAGAAUUGCCACUUCAAACAUUAAAAAGCCGAUUGAUAGCUACGAGAUCUGGGAAUGUAUUUCCAGUUAAUCAUAUUCUACCUAUAGGAUCUAUGAUAGCAUCAGCUUUGCAACAUCUUGAAAAUUAUAAAAUUGUACAUGAGCAUCUUUGUGCAAGAAGUGUAGGUCUUUGCACUGAUUGGACACCUAAGUUAAUGGGUCAUGGAAUUUCUAAAUAUGCUUUGGAAGAUACAAAGUAUACACGAUGGACUGCUGUUGAAUGUCUUGGUAACAAGAAAAAACACCAACCAGGAGUAGUUUGGUCUUUUGGUGUACUUUUAUGGGAAAUGCUUAGUAUGGGUGGUACACCAUAUUCUAAUCUUUUACUUGACAGUGAAGUAGAAGAAGUAGUUGAGCAAGGAGUUAGAUUACCGCAAUUACAAGAUACUCCUGAUCCACUUUAUGAAGUUAUGUCAUCUUGUUGGCAAGUAACAACUCAAGAGAGGCCAACAUUUUCAGAACUUACAAGAUUGGAAACUUUAAGUAUUUGUCCAAUCACAGCAAUCACAGAACCAUACAUUCCAGAACUAGAAUUAAACUAAUGUUGAUUGUAAA